UUUAUUUAAUUAUUUUUUUUCUAACUCCGAGUUAAUUUUGCUGACUUUCUUGUGAUUUGCGCCGGAGGAGAAGCAUCUCGCUGUUGUUAUGAAGACUUCAUCCGUCCUUUCUUAAUAUGGAAGGAUCCAGCGGGUCGAGUUUUGGGAUAGACACUAUUUUAUCCAGCGCAUCUAACUCUGGUAACCCUGUGCUAAUGAACGGAGAUUUUCGGCUCGACAGCAGGACAGCGGAUUUCAGGAGCCAGGCGACCCCGUCGCCAUGCUCGGAGAUAGACACUGUGGGAACGGCUCCCUCGUCCCCCAUCUCGGUCACCAUGGAGCACGCCGCCGAUCCGCAUCUGGUCCAGGACAGCCUUCAGCAUCACCACCAUCACCACAACCAGCCGCAGAGUUUGCCGCUGUCUCCUCAGCAGCAGCAGCAGCCGCUCGCCGGGGCCGGCUGCGCCCCGAGGACUGCCACCUCCUCCUUUUUAAUCAAAGACAUUUUAGGCGACAGCAAACCCCUGGCUGCCUGCGCACCUUACAGCACCAGUGUAUCCUCACCCCAUCACACACCAAAACCAGAAAGUGCCACGGCUCCGGACGGCUUCAGGCCCAAGCUGGAAGAAGACGAGAACAGAGGCAAGUUGGACAAAAGAGACGACAUUCAGAUCGAAAUGAAAUGCAAGGGGACUAAAGAAGAGGGUGACCGGGAAAUCUCCAGUAGCAGAGACAGUCCACCGGUGCGCACGAAAAAACCUCGCAAAGCACGGACAGCCUUUACCGACCACCAGCUCAACCAGCUUGAGAGGAGCUUUGAGCGACAAAAAUACCUCAGCGUGCAGGACCGCAUGGACCUGGCCGCGGCUCUCAACCUGACAGACACACAAGUCAAGACCUGGUACCAAAACAGACGGACGAAGUGGAAGAGGCAAACGGCGGUCGGAUUAGAGCUCCUGGCUGAAGCAGGAAACUACUCGGCCUUACAGAGAAUGUUCCCGUCGCCCUAUUUCUACCACCCGAGCCUGCUGGGCACCGUGGACAGCACGACGGCAGCCGCGGCGGCCGCAGCCAUGUACAGCAGUAUGUACCGGACUCCUUCCUCGCCGCAUCCCAGCCUCCAGAGACCUCUUGUUCCCAGGGUGCUCAUUCAUGGCCUUGGGCCGGGGGGGCAACCGGCACUAAACCCCAUGUCUAACCCCAUGCCCGGCACGCCGCACCCGCGGUAAAACGCAAAAUUAAGACGCUGACCAGAAACCUGGUUGAACACGUGAUGUGAGUAACUGCAUCGGAACCACAUUGCAGGACUUUUUCUCUCUACCCGACCCCCCCAAAAGACACAUUUAAAGACAUUUUACAGAAGUAAAGGAGGUAUUUAAUAUAGGCCCGAAUAGCCUAAGCCCAGUCCUAAAGACUUUCUGUCCGGGCCCAGACACACCGCGAGGACUGCUCAUGUCUGAUUGUUUGUUUGUUUGUCUUUUGUACAAAUACACUUACAUUAGCAAAUAAACUUAUAAAGUUUAUUAGAUG